CGUGGUAGUGCCUAGUCUUCUGCUCUCUAAACAUAGGUAGGGCGACUUCAACGCUAAGUCUAUAUUGGCCGAAACGACGUGCUCCACAAAAACGGGCGGCGCUUCGCACAGUUCAAUUUGGACGAUCAAGAAGAAGAAGACGACGCGAUGCCAGCAUGGUGCCAGCGCGACCACUGCCGCCGGUACGCCAAGCACAAUGGCAUGUGCCUCUACCACGCCCGCGACGUGCAGACGCAGCGAAGCAGUCGGCCGAGCCUCGCCUCGCCCGCGACCACGACGUCCGAUGCAUCCGCCUCGCCGAUCGCGACGGCCCAGCCACCGCCAGCGACCUCGGCACCGACGACCAAAGGGCGCCGCCCGGAUGCCCGCUGGAGCGCGAUCGCGCGCAUUCGGUACCACCACACGGGUUGGAUCAAGUGCCUCGUUCCGACGUGCACGUCCGAAGCAAAGCGCCACUUUCCCUUCUGCCCCAUGCACGACCAGUCGACGCUCUGCGUGCAUGAGACCACCAAGCAGUACUUGCAGCCGCACGAUGCACCAACGACGUCGACAACAUCGAUCAAGGAGGAAGCUGUCGCGCCCAUUGCGUCCUAAGCCCCAUCGACAACUAUCUUGUAGCGUACUAGGCCUCUAAUAGAAGAAGAAACAUUCACAGCAGUGUCCAGAA